UUAGCGGUGGCAGGGGCUGACUGACAGCGUCUGCUUGAUAAUGGAUUCUGAAUUAAUGCAUAGUAUAGUAGGAAGCUAUCAUAAACCUCCAGAAAGAGUAUUCGUUCCCUCAUUCACCCAGAAUGAACCAUCUCAGAAUUGCCAUCUUGCGAACUUAGAAGUUACCUCUCCUAAGAUACUUCAUAGCCCAAAUAGCCAAGCUCUUAUUUUAGCCUUAAAAACUCUUCAGGAAAAAAUUCAUUGUUUAGAGCUGGAGAGAACACAAGCUGAAGAUAACCUGAACAUUCUUUCCAGAGAAGCAGCACAGUAUAAGAAGGCCUUAGAGAAUGAAACAAAUGAGAGAAAUCUGGCACAUCAGGAGCUGAUAAAGCAGAAAAAAGAUAUAAGUAUACAGUUAAGCUCAGCCCAGUCUCGUUGCACUCUUCUAGAGAAGCAACUAGAAUAUACAAAGAGAAUGGUUCUCAAUGGAGAGCGAGAAAAGAACAUGAUCCUAGAACAACAGGCCCAGCUUCAGAAGGAAAAAGAGCAAGAUCAGAUGAAGCUGUAUGCAAAACUUGAAAAGCUUGAUGUCUUAGAAAAAGAGUGUUUUAGACUUACAACAACUCAGAGAACUGCUGAGGACAAGAUUAAACAUUUAGAAGAAAAACUUAAGGAAGAAGAACAUCAAUGUAAGCUAUUUCAAGACAAAGCUUCUGAGCUUCAAACUGGACUUGAAAUCAGUAAAAUUAUAAUGCCUUCAGUUUCAAAUCUAAAGCACUCCAAGGAAAAGAAGAAAUCUUCAAAGAAAACUAAAUAUAUAAGGAGAGGACCACCUUGGCAAAUUUGUUCAAAGUUUGGAGCACUGCCUUUUGUGGCUGAAAAGAUGAGGCAACAUCGUGACCCACAUAUCCUUCAGAAACCUUUUAACGUGACUGAGACUAGAUGUCUCCCCAAGCCUUCUAGAACAACUUCCUGGUGUAAAGCUAUUCCUCCUGACUCAGAAAAGUCCAUUUCCAUUUGUGACAAUUUAUCUGAACUUUUGAUGGCAAUGCAAGAUGAGCUGGACCAAAUGAGCAUGGAGCACCAAGAACUACUCAAACAAAUGAAGGAAACUGAAAGCCAUUCAGUCUGUGACGACAUAGAAUGUGAACUAGAGUGUCUAGUUAAGAAAAUGGAAAUUAAAGGAAAACAAAUCUCCAAACUGAAGAAGCAUCAAGACAGUGUAAGCAGGCUUUAG